GCAGCGCCCGGUGCCGCCACCGUUCCGCUCCGCAGCCGCCCGGCCCCGCCGUCACCAUGAAACGCGACCCGCAGCCCCCCGAGGAGCGCCCGGAGCCGCCCUCGCCCGCCCCGUCCCCUCCCCUCCUUCCCUCCUCGCUGCCGGCGCAGGCGGAGGGCGCGGAGCUAAAGCUGACGCCGCCGGUGUGGAUCUUCGGGUACGGGUCGCUGGUGUGGAGGCCGGGCUUCGAGUUCACGUCGCGGAAGGUGGGCUUCAUCCGCGGCUACAGCCGCCGCUUCUGGCAGGGAGACACCUUCCACCGCGGCAGCGAGGCCAUGCCCGGCCGUGUGGUGACGCUGAUGGAGGACUGCGGGGCAUGCACGUGGGGUGUAGCCUAUGAAGUCCGUGGGGAACAAAUUGCUGCGUCGCUGCAGUAUCUCAACAUGCGAGAAGCUGUCCUGGGAGGCUACGACACCAAGUUGGUGAAGUUCCACCCUCAGGAGAAAGAUGCAGAGGAACCCUUCCUGGCUCUUGUUUACAUUGCAACACCUCAGAAUCCUUCUUACCUCGGCCCAGCCUCGGAGGAAGACAUUGCAGCUCAAAUCAUCGUCUCAAGUGGUUGUGCUGGCCAUAACAUUGAGUACUUGCUGAGACUGGCAGAAUUUAUGCGCUACUUUUGUCCUCAAGCAGAGGAUAAACAUCUCUUCUCCAUCGAAGAGGCUCUUAUUUCCAUCCUUCCACGCCUGUACUACAAAGAUGAGUCUCUAGAAGAAACUGCAAGUGUCCCUCAGGAGUCUAAAGCCUGAAAGAGACAAAUCUUUUGCAGUUGAAGGGACAUAAGGGAGAAAGCAGAGGGGACAAUCUUAGCACUGCUAAAAUGUACUGUACUGAGUGAAUAAAGGGAGAAUUAGCAGUGGGAGGGGAGGGAGGAAGUGGAAGAAGCCACACUUGCUAUAAUUAGUACCUGUUAACACUCCCUACCUGUAGCACCAUGAUAGCCAUCACUGCUCCUCAGGCGAGGAGCAGGGAUCUCUACUGGAGCUUUCCUCUCUUAAGACUGGCUUCCAGGGGUCAAACCUGAAGCACUCACAUUCUUGAGAGAAGAAAGAGGCUCAUCUAUUCUGUGCACUUUUUUUUUCCCCCGUGUUGUUCUUUUUCUUCCUUCGAAGACCAGUUGAGCAGGACUCGACCUGGGUUUAAGCAGUAUCUAAUUCUACCUCAGACUGGCAAAAAGCUCUUUGUGUGGUGGUGGAGGCUUGGGCAGGUUCUGCCAAAUAAGACCUCACUUCCCCUGCUGUGUCCCACCUCCAGGACAAAGAGCUGACACUAAAUUUGAGGAUGGCUGUGCAAUAUGAAGUGAACCAGUUCUUUUGUGGAUCCUGCUUCCUUAUGUUGUGAAGGAUCCCAGCAAUGCACUUAUUUUUCUAAAAGUUAUUGUAUUUAUUAUGUCUUGUGUUUGUUUUCCCUUAGGAAGGGCACCUAAACUGCUCAUUGUGCCACAGUGGUAUGCAGCUCACCCUGCAUUUGUGCCUUCUAGUUUUUAAAUCUAGUUUUUUUGUGGAACUUAAGCCUGCUUUAAUGACAGCAGCUUUUCUCCCAAGCUUUGCUUUGCUGCCCCCAGCAAAGCCCUUGGGAUGCAGCAGCAUUUUAACUAACCCUGUACUGGCCAAACAAACCUCUGCUGCUUCAGGAUAAUGUGGGUUUCUGUAGAAGCACUGGAGGGUUCUAUUUCCAUGCAAGGAUGGCUGGUACUCUUUUGUUUGACUGCAGAGGCCUGUGACAAAGCAAACUGGCAAGCCUUGAUGCUCCUGAAGAGCCUGCCUUGAUUGUGUUAAGCAGAGGCACUGCUGCAAGCUCAGGCUUUUCAGCUUCACACAUCAACAGCCUAAGAACCCUUAGUAUUUUGUAAGGAAAACUGCUGCUACUGCAACAAAAGAGCUCUCAAGAGCUGACUCCUGGGCCAUUUGACUCCUCACAAAUAGCAUGUGGGGUUUUGUUACUGAAAAAAAACCCCAAAAAGGCGAGGGGACUGUUAGUGUUACUGUGGCUUGUCUGUGUGGGAAGUGGUACUGUGCUGUGCCCAGUAAUAAACUGACAAAGUUAGGUGUCUGUA